GACAAGCCAAGCUCUACCGGAUGAUAGUACACUGCCCUUCCCGCGUGGGCCAUUAGAGGGUGGGUCGCACUGUUGGUCUGAGCCCGACACCGCAAAGAUCUUCGACAGGCGAGGCAAAACCUAUAUGAAGGACUGGCGCAAGGUCAAGGCCAACCCUGCCCUGUUUAAGGUGGGCCAGUGGGUGCGGUCUUAA